AUGUCUGAACUGGAAGAAUCAACCUGUCCAUCACACACCUCCCUCUUCACAGGUUUUGAUGAUCAAAUCGAAAGUAAAUGCAUCGAGUGGUAUCAUCAAAUCGAACAAACCUCCAUUCACGGCAAACAAUCAGUCCAAUUAGUUGACUAUCUUUUAGAUGAUGAAUUAAUGUCCAAUCCCAUUGGAAAAACAUUGGCCAUUCUAUGCUAUUCGAGAGGAAUUGGUGGAAUUAAAACUAAUUAUGAAAAGGUUUAUCACAUAUUGCAGAGUUUGGGUGAGGAGGGUGAAUAUACAGAAUUUUCAUCUUCAAUGAUUUGUGGAGAUUCAAUAACAGUUUCUGUUAUUUUCCAAACUAAAAAGCAAAUACUCGACUGGUUUUCACAAUUUUUAACACAUUCGGAUACAUUGGUGUUGCUGGCUGAUUUAGUUUUGACGAAAAAUCCUGAUCAAGCUUUCAGAUCUUAUGAAAUUGCUGCUGAGAAGGGGAAUAUUUAUGCAAUGAGAAAUCUUGGAGAUAUGUAUUCGUUUGGAGAGGGAUCUUUGGAGGUUGACAAGAAGAAAUCUUUAGAAUAUUUCAGAAAAGCUGCUGAAUUUGACGAUCCAGAAUCUCUCUUCGCUCUUGGAUAUUAUUACAGAGAGGGAAUUGAAGUGCAAGUUGAUAAAGAGAAGAGUUUGUACUAUUACAACAAAGCUGCUGAACUUGGAAUGAUAAAAAGCAUUUCCUACUUGUAUGGAAAGAAUGAUAAGAAGAAAAAUUAUACUGAAAUGGUUAAAUAUUUGAGAAUGGGAGCAGAAUUUGGAGAUGCUAGCUCAAUUUUUAAUCUUGGAUAUGCUUAUAUGGGAAAUUUUGGAUUGAGUGAAAAUCUUGAGGAAACUUUCAAGUGUCAAUUAAGAGCUGCCAAUCUUGGACACGGUAUGGGACAACACAAAGUUGGAUACGCAUAUUGCAAUGGCAUUGGAGUGGAGAAGAAUCCAGAAGAAGGAGUCAAAUGGUAUUUGAAAGCUCAGAACAAAGAACCAGCCUCUCAGUACAAUCUAGCACAUGCCUACUACACUGGAGUAGGUGUGAAAAUGGAUAAGAAUAUUGCAUUCGACUGGUAUUUGAAAGCUGCCACAAAUGGACACGAAAUGGCCAAAUACUAUGUUGGCUCUUCGUAUUAUUAUGGAGAUGGAUGUAAUCAAGAUUAUCCAUUGGCAUUCAAAUAUCUUGAAAUGUCAGCAAAACAUGGAUAUAGUGAUGCUCAAUAUUCAGUUGGUACAAUGUUACUUCAAGGUCUUGGAGUUGAAAAAGAUGUCAAUAAGGCAUUCGAAUAUAUCUUUUUAGCUGCUGAUCAAGGCCAUGAAAGAGCACUAAACUUUGUGAAUCAUUUGAGAAGAUUCUGA